AUGACAAACCAAGUCCGCACCAUCUCGCCCUCCUCCGGGAAAGUCAUCUUCGAACACCCUGGCCAGUCUCUCGACCAAAUCGGCCAAAUCGCCCAGGUCUCCGAAGAUGCCUUCCGCACCUACAAGGAGCUCUCCCUCGCCGAGCGCAAAGCCAUCAUCGUUAAGGCUUUGGAGAUAAUCGACGCCAACAAGGAAACCCUUGUGAAAGAACUUGCCGAUCAAAUGGGCCGUCCAGUUUCCUACAUCGGUGGCGAGAUUGACACGAUGCGCAAGCGGGCUAACUACCUCCUUGACCUGGCAGAGGAUAAGCUCAAGAGCGUUCCCGGACAGGCGGAGACUGGAUUCAACAGAUAUGUCAAGAAGGUUCCAGUUGGGCCAGUGCUUCUCGCAACUGCGUGGAAUUACCCCUAUCUGAUCACCAUCAACGCCCUCGUCCCUGCGCUCCUCGCCGGAAACACUGUCAUCCUCCGUCCCUCUCCUCAGACUCCUCUGUUUGGAGAACGCCUGGCCUCCUUUUUCGAACAAGCUGGUCUGCCCAAGAACGUUCUACAAGUUGUCCACUUCGGUGCUUGGGAGGUCUUCGACGAGGUUGUCAAGAUCCCCCAGAUCAAGCUGGUCUCUUUCGUCGGAUCUACACAGGGAGGUCUCCGUCUUCGCCAGGCAACUGCAGGUAGAAUCCUGCCAUUGAACCUAGAGCUCGGUGGCAACGACCCGGCAUACGUUCGCGCCGAUGCGGAUCUGGCGUACACGGCCGCGAAUGUUGUUGACGGCGCCGUUUUCAACUCCGGCCAGAGCUGCUGCGCCAUUGAGCGUGUAUAUGUACAUGCUGAUGUACAUGAUGCCUUUGUGGCUGAGAUUCAGAAGGAGCUAGCAACCUACAAGCUCGGCGACCCCCACGACCAGGCAACUACUACAGGCCCAGUAAUCUCCAGCCAAGCAGUCAAGAGCGUUCAAUCGCACAUUGAUGAGGCCCUGUCUCGCGGCGCAGUUGACUCCACGCCCACGAACCCCACCUUCGAGAACCUACCAAGCUCAGGGAGCUUCAUUGCCCCGAGAGUCCUCACCAACGUGUCGCACGACAUGCGCGUCAUGCGCGACGAGACCUUUGGCCCCGUCAUCCCAAUCAUGAAGGUUCAGUCUGACGACGAGGCCGUGGCGCUGAUGAACGACAGCGACUACGGUCUGACUGCUAGCGUGUGGACUAAGGACAUCAAGGCAGGAGAGGAGUUGGUUGAACGUAUUGAAGCCGGAACUGUCUACAUCAACCGUUGCGACUUCCCUAGCCCGGACCUUGCGUGGAUUGGCUGGAAGAACUCGGGUCUAGGCUGUUCGCUUGGCCCGCAGGCCUUCGAUGCAUUCUACAAGCUGAAGAGCUUCCACAUCCGACAGACUCACGGUUAA